AUGACUGAAUCAGUCACUAAGGUCUCCGAGGAUCCUGCACCUGCGAUAAGUACUUCGAAGAAGAAGAAACAGAGUCUCAAAACACGCGAGGUAUUCUGCGGCCAGGAGGAACGGGCUCUCAUAGCUGUUGGUGCCCCAGCAGACCCAAGAUGCAGUGCUAGCACCCAAAAAGAAGCGGGCCCGCAAGACCCCAGCAAGCAAAGCGCAAAGAAGAAAAAUAAGGUUACUGCUAGUUCGACGGCUGACCAGCGUGUCGAUGCGGCCACCGGUAUUGCUGAGGGGAGCCCUUCGGAGUACGAGCUUGCGCCCUCGUUCAAACAACCUGAUGAAGCCCAUUGUACUAGUACUCCCACUCUCCCAGCAUUGCCUGUUUCUGGAAGCUCUGAUGCCGCUGUCAUCCCUACUACACAGCCAUCUAUGGCCUUCACCACUCUAACCACCUCUGAUUCCGUGAUUGCUUCGGUUUCACCCACACUGGGUUCGCGCGAUAACCACCCUUCAAAUACGGUUGAUGCCCUGUCUAGUCAUUUGUCUGUCCGCGAGCCCCAGGAGUCUAUUUUUUCGUCCGCAGACUAUGAGUGGGAAUCUCAACUACAGGAUUGGAACCGGGAUUUUGACGGCAAGAUGAAGGAAAAUCAAAAUCAAGCACAGAGAUAG